AUGGCAGGCAAAGCUGCACAUGCUCUAAGUUUGAGGAUAAUUUCUGAAUGUUCUACAUCAAAAGCAAGAUGCUGCAAGCUCACAUUGCCGCAUCAUGUAGUUGACACCCCAGUGUUCAUGCCUGUAGGCACUCAGGGUACAUUAAAAGGCAUGAUACCCGAUCAAUUAGAAGAAUUAGACUGCCAAAUCAUCUUGGGCAACACCUAUCAUUUAGGUCACAGGCCAGGGCCAGAUGUAUUAGACAAAGCUGGCGGAUUGCACAACUUCAUGAACUGGAAAAGGGCUCUGCUUACAGAUAGUGGUGGGUUCCAGAUGGUUUCUUUGCUAGAACUUGCAGAAAUCACAGAAGAGGGGGUCAGAUUUAAAUCGCCACAUGACAGCAGCAUGAUGUUACUUACCCCAGAACACUCAAUGGAAAUACAGAACUCUAUAGGUGCUGAUAUUAUGAUGCAACUAGAUGACGUUAUUCACAGUUCUGUUACGGGACCACGUGUUGAAGAGGCCAUGCAUAGAUCAGUUCGAUGGUUAGACCGUUGCAUCAAGGCACAUAAAAGAACUGACAAACAGAACUUGUUUGCUAUUGUUCAGGGUGGACUUGAUGUUGAGUUGAGGAAAAAGUGUGCUCAUGAAAUGAUAAAACGGGAUGUACCAGGAUUUGCCAUCGGUGGGUUAAGUGGUGGAGAAGAGAAGUCACAUUUCUGGAGAAUGGUCACACUUUCAACGGACAUCCUCCCUAAAAAUAAGCCAAGAUAUCUGAUGGGAGUUGGGUUUGCUGUUGACCUUGUUGUGUGUUCAGCCCUUGGAUGUGACAUGUACGACUGUGUCUUCCCUACAAGGACAGCGAGGUUUGGCUCAGCCCUUGUCCCUUGGGGUCAGCUGAAUCUAAAGAAGAAGAAAUUUUCCCAGGACUUUCAACCUAUUGACAAAGACUGUCCUUGUCCUACAUGCAAGCAGUAUACAAGAGCAUAUCUACAUACUUUGGUGACAAAUGAGACUGUCGCUUGUCAGAUGGUCACUAUACAUAAUGUUCAAUAUCAGCUGUCUCUAAUGAAGAAUAUUCGGGAGAGCAUCAUGGAAGACAAGUUUCCUGAAUUCGUUCAAAGUUUUAUGGACAAAUUGUUCCCUGCAAAGAAUUUCCCUGAAUGGGCUGUGGAGGCUUUAGCUAGUGUCAAUAUACACUUGAAGAGCUGAUUGUGAUGAUCAACCCCCCUUUAUUUUAGUGAGCUCAAAAGACAACCAGCACAAAGAAGAUCUGGUCAUCACUAUCGGUAUACCAAGUAGGAAGCGCCGUCUGUCGCUACGGUAUGAGGGUUUUAAGGAUGCCUGCAGAACAAAAUUCGGCAUCGGGAUGUUCGCAGCUUGUAAUGCUACCAGUGACACUGGUGCAAAAGGAAGACAGUCCAAGUUGGAUAUCAUAAGCAUUUUAUUCCAAAACAUAAAUAAUGAUACAUUGUAUGUACAGAAGUGUUCCAUUUUUUAAGAAAAUGCAAAUACAGUGA